AUGCCCUCAUCCAACUCAGCCGAAGGACGGCUGACGAGUGUUGAAGGCCACAAUAGCAGAGGAGGAGAUGACCUCUCCCAAGAUACUUCCGUCCCACUUACUUUCCUCUCGGAAAAUAUGCACAUGCUCAAUCAAAGGUUGAUGGAUAUCGAACGAUUGUUAGAAAGAGCACGACAGGAAGGCUCCAUCGGGUAUCCUGAGGAUAAUAAAUAUCUUUUGGAAGAUGUUGAGCAUGCUCAAGAAACGAUUCUUGAGUGGAUCAGAGAAGUCAUCCCUCCGACGCAAUCCACAGCUUCGGCCAAUCCGUUCAGUGCUCGAUUGAGACGUUCAUUUUACGCAGUGAAACCCGUUUGCAAAAUUCUCAGUGGUGUGGAGCGUGUUUUCGGGAUUUUCCCGAGGUCUGUGGAAGGCUUCGGAAAAAUUUGCUGCCGUUUUGAUGCAUAG